GCAAAAGUUGCUUUUAAACCAACUUUAAUGUUGAAAUAAAUAAAUAAACAAAUAAAUGACCCAUUUCUUUCUUUUUCUCUCUAUUGUCUAUAGAUUAUAGUCUAAAGUCUAAACACGACAACAGCCUUUUAGAAAAAACCGCCUUCUCUCUUCAUCCCUUGUCUCUGCCUCUGCCUGUCGUUAAUUUUUUUUUUGGUUAUAUCGAAAAGGAAACACUAAAAAGGAAAGAAAAAAAAACCUCUCCUUUCUCUGUUUUCUCUCCGACUAAAAAAUGGGUUUUUGCUUAGGAAUUGGUUAUAAGCCGAUUUGGAGUAACCCAUUUUCAUUGUUCUCUGCCAUUUGAAGGAAAAAAAAAUGAAAGAGAAAAUUUACUUAUUACCCCUUUUCCUUGUUGUUUAAUGGUGUCCUUUUUGCCAAGAAACAAUUGUUUUUUUACCUAUCUGAAGUCUGAACCUUUGCUCCUUUUCUUAGUUUCCCUUGGUUUUUGUUAAAUCUCGAUACUUUGUUCGAAUCUACCACCACCCAUUGGUUCACUUAUCCUUGAACCACCUCCAUUACAGGAAUUUUCUUCAAGUGUUGUUUAUCAUGGAAGGAGAGACUUCUUGGAACAGCCAUUGCGCUGAUGACAUGUCUAAAGACAUCGGUGAGUUUGAUUCAUUCUCGGAACUUAGUGAUGAAGGUAAUAAAGAAACGAUCAUUUCUGUAGACUCGAUCCUACCGGAUGACUUGUUGGAACGAAUUUUGGCUUAUCUUCCCAUUGCUAGCAUUUUCAGAGCUGGUUCCGUGUGUAGAAGAUGGCAUGAGAUUGUCAGUUCCAAAAGAUUUUUAUGGAAUUUUUCGCAUGUCCUAUCACAAAAGCCUUGGUAUUUUAUGUUCACAAGUUCUGAUGAACCGGUUGGUUAUGCCUAUGAUCCGAUCCUCCGUAAAUGGUACAGCAUCGAGCUUCCAUGCAUUCAGACUCCAAACUGGUUUAUUGCUUCAUCGUGUGGAUUGGUUUGUUUCAUGGACAAUGACAGUAGAAGCGAGUUGCAUGUAUGCAAUCCGAUUACCAAGAUCUGCAAGAAGCUUCAGGAGCCCCCUGGUAUGAAAUUCUCAGACUAUAGUGCACUGUCACUCUCGGUUAGCAGGACGUCUCACAAUUAUAAGAUAUCCAUUGUGAAAUCUAAACAAGUCCCCGGAAACUUUCUCCAAUGGGACCUUUCGAUACACAUUUAUGAUUCAGAAACAAUGAUGUGGGCAACCUCCUUGACUGAGGUUUUAACAGGAUGGAGAGGUGGAGAUGAAAGUGUGAUCUGUGAUGGGGUUUUAUACUUUCUGAUUUACUCAACCGGGGUUGGUACACCAGAAAACCGUCACAGCCUUGUUACAUAUAAUCUCUCUAGCCGAUCAUCCCCAUUGAUACGGAGUCUUAUUCCAGUACCAGGCCCGCUUACCUGUGGUCGUUUGAUGAACCUCAAGGGGAAGCUGGUAAUGGUGGGAGGGAUCGGGAAGCCAGAUCGACCUGAUAUAAUCAAGGGCAUUGGAAUCUGGGUUCUUAAUGGGAGGAAUUGGGUAGAAGUCGGUCGCAUGCCCCAUAAGUUCUUCCAAGGAUUUGGUGAGUUGGAUGAUGUUUUUGCUAGUAGUGGUACUGAUAACCUCAUAUACAUCCAAAGCUACGGUGCCCCAGCUCUUCUUGUUUUCGACAUGAACCAGAAACUAUGGAAAUGGUCGCUCAAGUGUCCAGUCUCAAAGAAAUUCCCUCUUCAGCUCUUCACUGGCUUUUGCUUUGAACCAAGGCUUGAAAUUGCUCCAUGAUCUUAUUUAUGAACAUCCCACAUUUUCUUUUAUGUCAUUAUGAUCAUCAUAUGAUAUGAUAGAUAUCUCAGUUCCCCCCAACCCUAAGAAAAGAAAAAGAAAAAAAAAAAAAGAGGUUAAAACACAAAAUGUACGAGGCAGGUGAAGCUGCUGAUUUAUGAAAAUGAAAAAUAUUAGUAAUUCUUUUGCUUCAAACAAA